GAUAUGCCACCACCCCCUCUGCAGAGGAAGUGGAUGGCUGUAUCAAGUCUAAGCACACUUCCUGUGCUUGUUGUCUUGGGAGGACCUCUCAGGGGCAGCUAAGAAAGUAGCAGGAAAAUGAGCAUCGUCAGCCAGUCCAUUACAGAAGCAGCUAGCAGGAGGACCAUCAUCAGUCUGACUGAGAACCACUGUCGUCAGAUCAAUUGAUGCGAGCGGGGAGAAUGGAGUACUACUGGAUAUGCCUGUGGAGCGUCUUGGGGGUGGGUCUGUGUGUUACUGAUGAUGAACACUAUACUCUUCAUCUGAAUCCUCUCAACUUCGACAAAGCUUUAGAAGCCUGUCUGCCUGACAGUUUCCUAACUAAAGUGGCCAGUAUGGAGGAAGCCUCAAAGAUUUUAAAAGUCAUCACGAACAUGCAUUCCAUAGAAGGUACAUUUGAGUUUUGGGUGGGUUUGAGGAAAGGAAAGUGGGAUUGUGUGAAAAAUGACACAUCUCUGAAUGGUUUCAAGUGGACUGUGGACAGCAGCAGUGACACAGAACUGGAUCAGUGGAAGUCUUUGCCCCAACCAACCUGCACGGGUAUACUCUGUGUAUUUCUCUACGGUGAGUUUAAUGGAACUGAGAUAGUGAACUGGGGGUUUGUUCCCAGUACCUGUAAGACAAAGCAUCCAUUCAUUUGUAAACAACGUGAUGGAAAGAUUCUUUCCAUGGACCAGUGUCCUACCCCACACAUACCUGAGGCCCGAUCACUCAGGCCAAACCCAAAUUAUCCUCAUAAACUGGAGCUAGAAUGUUGGUCUGGGGAAUUGUUUGAACUGACUUGCUCUGCAACGACUCUGACAUGGAAACGUGACGAUCGAUCGGCUAUAGAUGGCAUUUGUGCUUCGUGCAAAGCAGGUUAUAUGAGAGAUGGGUCUGGAAACUGUGUGGACAUUGACGAAUGCAGAGAUCAGCCCUGUAAAGACCAAUGUGUCAACACUGAGGGUUCUUACCUCUGUAAAUGCCGUGAUAAAAAUGGAAAUCUUCAAGACAAGGGCUCAGUGUCAUGCAAUGAACUACCAGUAGCUACCGUUACUCCUGAAGGAAGUGAAACCUAUUUGGUCCAAGACCACACUCCAACUCCCAAGCCAACAAUUCAGGAGAGGCCUAUUAUCAUCUUUCUGCCGGACCAACCCACUCCCACUUCCCCUACGGAUGACGUUGAGACAGUGGACAAGAGUGGAGAACAAGACAAAAUCUUCAUACCCGUGCUGAUAGCAGUGAUGGCCUUGGUUGUUCUGGUGGUCGUGGUGUUGGCUAUUGUUAAGUGCUGUCUCAGGAGGCGAUUGCAGAAACUGGCCAUGAAAAAUGCAGAGAAAAUGGCAAUGAAGAGGGCAGAGGCCUCAACGGAAAAAUACUCCCUGGAAAACACAAAUGAGAAGGAGGCAAUUUAAGCAGAAGUUUGAACGGAGAACACAGCAAAGACUCAGACAACCUGAACGUUUAAAUUGACAAUAUAUACAGUACCAGUCAAAAGUUUGGACACACCUACUCAUUCAAGGGUUUUUCUUUAUUUGUACUA